AACAUUCAGUUUCAGUUUUCAUAUUUGACUUACAAAAUAAAACACAACAAAUUAAAUUAAGUGAAAUGGAAAAAACAAUGCAAUCUAAUAUAUUUAAUGCGAAUAGAAUUCCUUUUUCGCCAAGAACUCGACAAAGUUCUGGUAGUUCGUUUGUUUCUGGGGCUGGAAGGAAAUCUCUACUUCCCGGCAUUAAAAAAGGUUCCACAAGUGGAAGAUACAGUUUAUCAGGACGAUCAAAUCAGUCACUUCAAAUUAUAGCAAGAUCAGAAUAUAAUGUUGUGGAAAAUUUUGGUUUACCGCUUCCAGUUUUAUUAAAUGAAGCUUUAACUUUUUCGGAGAGGAAUUCUAGUGUAUCUAUAAAUUGUUCAGAAAAUGGUUGGGCUUGGGCAGUUACUGGACGAAGGUUAUUGGUAUGGCAAUAUAAAGAUACACUGAAAACCAAUGUGGAUGUUAUAAGAACACCUCAAAGAAGAACAGCCUCUGCACAAUGCAGAGAACUUACUUUACCUCAUUGCGAUAUUGGUCAUAAGGCAUCUUUGAUUUCUGUUUUUAUUCCAGAAGAGCAGCAAAUGGCGUCCUGUUUAGCGGUUUCUCCGACUGGAGAUGCUAGAUAUUGGCCAUCAAUUGCUCACGAUGGCUCGUCUAUCGAUGCAAGUGGUAUUUUAGAAGGUCAAGAAUUUGAUUAUUUAGAAAAUAUAUCACCCCAAGGCUAUGUGUUGGCAACAACUACAUGUAACUUGGUAAUGCUUCAAUUAGUUUUGCAAAAUGGAAGGCAUGUAAUCCAUCAUCGAACAAUUAAACCACCAUCAGGAUUCUUUGGUGGAAUUGGUAAAAAGUUUGCUUCAAUAAUUAUUGGAAUGAACAGCGGCCAAGAUAAGGAAAAUAGAUUUGUCAAAUUGGUUUCUGAAAAAGAUGAAGAUAGUUGGUUUGUCACGGUAUUGGCGGAUCGAUGGCUUCAACGUUGGGCAUUUUCAGAAGAAGGAAGUGAACAUUUUUUGUAUGAAACCCAUGAAAUAUUUCGUAAAAUUCGCGAUGAAUUUCAGCAUAAAUUUUGGAGUAACAGAGAACAUGAUGAUAUUGAAGUUACAUUUUUGGAUAUGCAAAACUGUGAUAAUAAACUUCAUAUUCUUUGUGGUGCUGUUAAUAACACGCACACACCACAAAUGUAUUACGCUAUAGCUACAAUUGAAUCAGAAGCUGAAACAUGGAAAUUAUUGCUUUUUACAUCAUUAAAAUUAACUUUGUUUUAUAGUCCCGGUAAUGAAAAUGAAUGCUUAAAAAUGCGAUUUAUAUUAAAUAGAGGGAUGGCUUAUUUAUACAGUGAUAAAACAAUUUAUCCAGUGAAUUUAGGAAAUCCAUCUGAAAUUGAAGUUGAAAAGAUUGAAUUUCAUUCACAAAAUGAUAAAAUAAUGCGAGCAAUUGUUGCUCAUCAAAUUCCACUGUUCUUUACUAGAGCACACGGUUUAGUUUGUGUUUCGCCAUCCGAUUUUGAUUCGAAUGACUAUAUUAAUAAUUCAGAUAUUUUUACACCUGGUAUAUUAUCAGAGAGCUUUAAUCAAUCUAUUAUUUCACCUAAUAUAACAUCAAUAAAUAUGGGAAAUUUAACAAUGUAUGAUUUGGAUCCUGAUGAAAUAUUUAAAGCUAAUAAAGAUGAAAUAAGUCAAAUGAAAGCUGCUUUUGUAUAUCACUUAAAACGUAAUACGGUUAUGUGUAAUACAAUUUUAGCAGAUAUUGUUCCACCAAAUAAGGAGAAAAUCGAUGAAGUAGACUCUGUACUAGAUAAAAUUGUUAUUGCUAUUGCAGAAGAUUUAGCCGAAGAUAUUCCCGCAGCUGAUCCUCGUUGGGAGCAUCAAGAUACUUGGUAUCAAAAUAAAUCAGUAGCUUGUUUGGGCAGUUCAAUAUCUUUACAAAUUUUAACACAAUUAAAAGAGAAAAAUAUGGCUAUGAAUCAUUUUAUAGAAUUUUUACAUGCUACUGAACUAUGGGAACGUUUGCAUGCAGUUUCUCAAAAUGGAAAAAUAAAAUCUACUUGCCAUGUUUUGGCUGAAAUAAACGAAAAAAUCAUAGCUGCCAUUGCAUUGAAAUGCGCUCAAAAUUCUUAUUCAAAAAUUAUAGACGAGGCAAUUUACAUAGUAUUAGAUGAGUGGAAUGAGGUGCCGUUGGGAAAUUUAGUACAUCAAGAUUUAUUUUAUGUUAAAUUAACGAAAUUUCAAGAUAUUUUUAGAGCUCUUUCUAAAAUUGCCGAUAAAACAAUCCAAAAUCAAUCGCAAACGUCAUUAGUAGCUGAAAUUUUAGUUCGAAUCAAUGAUGUGAUUUUAAUUGUUUUGAACGAAAUUUUAAAUUUUCGUGAAAAUAAGGCUAUGUUGUAUUCAGUACCACCAAAUAAUAAAACUCUGUUUGAAUAUUUACCUUGGACAGCAUCUUCAGGGAAAAAUGGUUUAAAGGAUACCAUUUUGCACUUUAUUGAAAUAACAAACAAAUAUGGAAUAAAAGCAACAGGAGAUUCUGAAGUCAAACAAAAAUUAUACCAACAAUUGGUUGAUUUGAUAGAUUUUGUUCUUAAUGGUCGUAAAAAUUAUUUGGAUAGUGUAAAAGAUAAUGAAAAAUAUAAUGUACUUCUUCAGCAAUAUGAAUCCCAAAGAAGAGAUUUAAUUUUUCCUUUAGUUGAGGAACAACACUAUGAACUAGCAGCAAAGCUGGCCGAAAAAUACUUAGAUUUUCAAACUCUUAUUGUAAUUUGUGAUCAAACUGAAAAUCAGCAACGUUUGAAUGAAUAUAUUGAACGUUACCAAGAAUAUGAUUUUUCACAAUUCGCAAUCAAUUGGCAUUUAAGACAAAAUAAACAAGGUGAUUUAUUUGAGCGCUUUAAAGAGAAUCAAGCGGCACUUUCACAAUUUCUUGGUGAUCAUCCGUCUUUGGCUUGGAUACAAUUAGUUUUCAAUGGAGAUUUGGAAAGAGCAGCAGAAAUUUUAUUGAGAUUGGCUAAAGAUGAAGUUGAAUAUGUUAGCAGAAAAAAGACAAUUUUAUCACUUGCGAAGCUAGCAUAUUUGGCAACUGAUUCUACAGACAUAUCGAUACAGAUGACUGAAAUAAAUAAUGAGCUUACCUUAAUUGAAUAUCAGGAACAAUUACCAGAAGAAUUGUUGCAAACUUUUGGUUAUGACAUAGAAAAUCAAAAAGUACUGAAAGCAGAAGAAAUGAUCCAUUUAUUAAUCUCAGAAGAAAAUGAAUCAGCUAUGGAAACAGAUUACUUAAAGGCUCUUGAAUUAAUUAAUUAUACAGAUGAUCCAAUCGAUUCAAGGCAUAAAAUUUGGUGUGCAGCAAUUUUGCGUGACAAUUGGACAGACGUUGAUAUGAAUAUUCCAAUGGAUCAAAUGGAAAAUAUGAUGUUCUUUAAAUUAAUCGAUCUUUGUUAUUUUAUGAAUCAUCUAGAUGAUUUCUUACCACCUCAACAUGAAAUAUUAAGUAGUAUGGAUUUGGAUGAUUUAGUUAAUAAUAAAUCAUUCCAAUACCUAUUGAAAUUAGGUUAUGAACAUAUUUAUAACACGUAUCAGCGAAAAAAUGUAAUGGAGGAAUAAAAUUGAUAAAACGCCAAAUAAAUUUAAGCUAAACUUUUACUAAUAAUUGCAUUUAUGUUAUAAAGAAAUUUGCUGAACCUUACGCCAAGAGGUUGCUACUGCUCACAGUUUAAUAAUAAGUUAUUUAGGUACUUGUGGUGGGAACACUUUGCGUUUCAUUAGAAAUUAUAUUUAAAAAGAAGCAAAAGCUUGCUCCUGCAUAGGAGUUUAAAAAAAUUAUCAUAUAGCUAUGUAUUUGUAAUACUUCGCUUGAAAAUAAAACCAAUGAUCAUUUUCAUCAAAUUUGAAAACAAAUUUAAUGAAUAUUACAUCAUAAUCAUAAUCAAUAUUAUAUUCACAUAAUAUGUGCGC